AUCCAGAGCGUGAUCGAGCCGACUUCUGGGGUUGUCGGGUUGAUAAAGACCCUGCAGCCCAGUGAUCUCGUACGCGAGGAAGCAGUUGUAGGCAGGUCAGUCGAGUCUGAUAAGGUGGUGGAAGGGUCAGAAGGGCGGCUUCCCGGCAGAUGACUUGCUCUGGGAUGCAUCACCGCACAUGACCAGGACAUCCUAGGAGCUCUGACAUGAUCAUCAACAUGAAGACGAUUCUCAUUUCCUUAUCGUUGGUGGGUUGUAUAAUCUCAACUGCCGCUGCGAACGCCUUUAGCAGAACCACCCUCAUGCAAAGACCCGAAGACAAGCACCUCAAUGCUUUUGACGCAGACCAGACCCCUAUCGGAGGCCUGGAAGAUUCCUGCUACGUAUGCUCCUCGCCCUGCUCCUCGGCCGUCUGCUGCCACGGGCGAUACCCCCAAUGCUGCAGCGACGGCGUCUACUGCUACUGCUGUCGAGACUAGUUUCGCUGUCGAGGUUAAGAUUCAUAUGUCACACAAUAAUAACAAUAAGAUUAAUAUCUCGGCCC